AUGGGGCAGCUCCUGUGGAGCAUUCUGCGGGACCUGUACGUGUUCUUGAUAGUAGUGUUUCUUAUCGAGCGCUUCCCGGGCAGCGAUUUGAUGCAUGACGUCUUUCGGAAAACAGUGAUGGUCGCCACGAUUGGUGUUGUGAUCUGGAAGCUCUUCGGAGGAAUGCUCUCCGAAACCUCAUCUGUUGGAGGACCUCGAGUCGGAGGCCCGCUCCGGCAGAAGAAAACAGAAGGAGGCAAUGGGCACGGCUUGGAGUGGGCGGUGUGCGAGAUGCAGGGUUGGCGGGCUGCCAUGGAGGACGCCACCUGCAUUGCUGCGACCUUGCCGGAGCCACUGGCACACCAGGCGCUAUUCGCAGUUUUUGAUGGCCACGGAGGGUCCCAAGUAUCUCACAUCGCGUCGUUGGAGUUUCCGAAGGUGCUGCAGGUGUGUGCAAACAAGUUACGGGACUCCGACGAGGUUCGUCAGUCUUCGCGGCAAGAUGACGUAUCGGCCGACGGGUCGCCUGGCGCCGUCAGCGGUUGCAAACCGCAUGAAGCGGAGGACGAGGCAGCUGAGGUCGAACCUCGCACCUUGCCGGCUCCAACAGCAAAUGGAGUUGAGGCUGGCAGCGCCCGAGAUGAGGGUGGACUAUCUGGAAAAUCACUCUCCAUGAGCAUGAUCGCAAUGGAUGCCUUCCUUCGGCAAUUGGGCAAUGGCCUCAACUCCAAAGGGAAGAGCAGCCUGCUUCAGCUUUCCAGUCCACUCGGCAUCAUGGCCAGGCACCUCGAGGCUAGCAGCCAGAGGAACGCCUUCAAUUUGGUGGGAAGCACUGCGAUUGUGGCCCUCCUUGAUAAAACAGGUGGCAAGCGCAGUGUCACCGUUGCAAACUGUGGCGACUCUCGCGCUGUGCUCUGCCGCAACGGCACAGCCGUAGAACUUUCCGAGGACCACAAACCUGAGCUGCACAGCGAAGAGAAGCGCAUCAGGCAAGCAGGUGGCUCCGUGAAGUUGAUCGGGCCCUGUCAUCGCAUAGACGGGUGGGGGCUUAACCUCUCCAGGGCCCUUGGCGACUUUCAUUACAAGGCUCGGCCUGAUUUGAGCGCCGAGCAGCAGAAGGUCAUCGCUGUGCCGGAGAUACGGACGGUGGAACUUCACAGUGACGAUGAGUUUCUUGUUCUGGCUUGCGACGGCUGUUUCGAGCUCCAUACUUCCCAGAAAGUGGUGGACAUCGUCAGAGUUGCGCUGAGGGCAGGCCAAACCGUGAUGCAGGCCGCUGAAGAGCUUGUCGACCAAAGCUGUAGCCCGAACCUGGUCAAAACCAGGGGGAAGGGUGGCGACAACUGCAGCGCCAUUGUCAUCAAGCUUUAG